AAAAUAAUUUUAGUUGAAAGUUGAAAGUUCCUAUCGUAUAUUUUUAUUGAAUUGUUACUGAUUUUAUUAUUGUUUUUUCCUGGAAGUGUCCAAUCCUGUUUAAAAUUAUGGAAUCCACAGAUGAGGUUACUUUAAAACAAUCAGAGUUAGGGAGUGAAGAUGUAAAUCAUUUUGAAGUCAAAACUAAGCAAGAAUUUGAUGAACCUGAUUUUGGGUUGGAUAGUAUAGACCAACAGUAUACGAAGACUGAAUUAGCCACAGAAUUGGACAUUGAAACUAUUAAGAAUGAACAAGAAGAUGACACAGAGUUGCUCGAUAACGAAGUUAAAAUGGAAAAUGCGGAUGCAUCGGGUGAAAGCUCCUGUAAGAAAAACCAACUUGAAAUAGUAAAAGAAGAAGCAUAUAUAUGUAAAAUAUGUUCUAAGGCAUUUAAAGAAAACGUUUAUUUGGCAGAACAUAUGAUCAAACAUAGUAAUGAAAGACCUUUCACAUGCGAAAUUUGUUCUAAACAGUUUUUUCACAAAUGCAGUAUAAAGCGCCACAUAAAAUCACACACUGGAGAAAAACCUCACAGAUGUCACAUCUGUUCCCAACAGUUUUCUAACAAAUAUAGUUUAAAUCGUCAUAUGCGUUCCCACACUGGUGAAAAACGUUUUAGUUGUGAUAUAUGUCUGAAGCAGUUUACUCAAAAACUUGGUUUAAAGAACCAUAUGAUCCUGCACACUGGUGAAAAACCGUUUAAAUGUGACAUUUGCUCCAAGGAGUUUACUCAGCAGAUUUGUUUAAAAAACCAUGUGUUGCGCCACACUGGACUAAAACCUUACAAGUGUGAAAUUUGUUUGAAAGAAUUUUCUGUCAAAUCAUGUUUAAAGAAGCAUAUGAUAUUGCAUGUUACGGGAAACUCCUUCAGGUGUGACAUUUGUUCUCUAGAAUUUCAAGACAAGGUUAUUUACAACAACCAUAAGCUUACUCACUCCGGAGAGAAACAUAUAACAUGCCAAACUUGCUCUAAAAAGUUUUCUCACGAAUACAGAUUAAGACAUCAUAUGCGUUCACAUGUUACUCUAGAUCCCGUCACAUGUAACAUUUGUUCUAAGCAAAUUUCUUCUAAAUCUAGUAUAAAGGCUCAUAUGAGAGUACAUACAGGUGAAAAGCCAUAUAAAUGCCAGGUGUGCUCUAAGCAGUUUACUCAGCAAAUUACCUUAAAGAAUCAUCAGCUCUUACACACUGGAGAAAAACCUUAUAAAUGCGAGCUUUGUUCUAAGACGUUUACCCAGCAAAUGAGUUUAAAGAACCAUAUGCGAUUUCACACUGGGGAGAAACCUUAUAAAUGUGAAGUUUGUUCGAAGCGGUUUUCCCUUAAAUCUUCUUUAAAGCGACAUAUGAUAUUGCACAUUGAAGAGCAAUCUUACAAAUGUGACAUUUGUUCCAAGCAAUUUAUAAGCGAAGAAGAUAUAAAGGGACAUGUGCACAUCGAUACAGAAUGUCAGGAAUCUAAAAUAAGACUACACGAGGACUCAGCUACACCUUUGGCAGAGAAAGAAAUUCAAAGGAUCACAAAGAGCUACCUUGAUGGACUGAGAAGUCAUCCAAAUGAUGAAGCAAGACUGCUAAACGCUCCUCCCGAAUUCGCAAGACGAUUUAAUGAUAUAAUUAUCUGUACGAUGGAAGUUAAACAAGAGAAAUUUGAUGAAAUAUACCUGAACGAAUUUGUAAUCAAAAAAGAAAAUGAAAUUAAGCUUGAAAUAUCAAUAGAAAACCAUGAUAUUGAUGAUGCAGAUUGUUUUAAAAUCGGCGUUAAAGAAGAGUUGGGUAUUGAAGACACUCUGACUACAGAUAACAAUGAUACGAAUACGAAUUUUCUGAAUGACUUAAAUCAAUCAGAUACAGAAAUAGACAAUAAAUAUAUUAAUAUUAAACAUGAGUCAGACACAACUAUACCUAUUUCGGUCAAUUAUUGUCAAGAAACUCAAAGUUUACAAGAUUCACUUGGUGAAAAUAUGGAAAACGUCUGUUUGAAGCCGCUUACUACGGAAGAAACAUACGAAUGUGAAAUUUGUUCUAAGAAGUUUGCAAAAAACCGUUACUUAGCCAGACACUUGCGACGUCACAGAGAAGAAAAGCAACACACGUGCAAUAUUUGCUCGAAAAAAUUUUCAGCGAAGGACGCUUUGAUAAAACACAGCCGUCUGCACACCAACAACCGAUUCAAAUGUGAAAUCUGUAAUAAACUUUUUACAUCGGCUAGUUAUCUUAAGACACACACGCGCACACAUACCGGUGAAAAACCCUUCAAAUGUAUAACAUGCGGGAAGGAGUUAAUGGACACGCGUAGUUUGAGGAUACAUAUUCGUGGCCACACUGGAGACAAACCUUUCAAAUGCGAGAUUUGCUCUAAAGAAUUUUUAGACGAAGGUUACUUGAAACGACAUCUACGUCGACACAGUGGGGAAAGACGCUUUAAAUGUGAUGUUUGCUCUAAAGAAUUUAAAGAGUCUGGUACUCUUAGAAUACAUAAACGCAUACACAAUCGAGCACGAGCUGUUAAAUGUGAAAUAUGUUCGAAAAAGUUGAUAAACACAAAAAGUUUAGAGAAGCACUUGCGUUUGCAUACUGACGGCUACCCUUUCAAAUGUGAGCAGUGCCCUAAACGUUUCGCCGAAGAGAAUACUUUAAAGAGACACCUGCUCCUUCACACUGACGGUAAUCCGUUCUCAUGUAAAAUUUGCGGCAAACAGUGUACACAACGUGGUAAUCUGAAGCAACACAUGCUUGUCCAUGCCGAGGAGAAACUCUUUAAAUGCGAUGUUUGUGGCCGCCGAUUUAUAGAUGAUAUUUGUUUGAAGUUACAUAUCCAGUCACACAAUUGAGUUAAACAUUUGACAUCCAGAUCUUUAUGUAGAUUAUUAAGUAGAAUGAACACUUAUAAAUAUGUACGUUACAUUAUUACGCAUACUUAUAAAAAUAAAAACGUUUAUUGAAAAACUA